AUCAUGCCCUGCUUUAAGCUAUAUUCUCCUUUUCCUCUAUUCAUUUAGGCCUAUAUAAAGGAUCGCCCUGGACCAUCUCUCGUCAUUAGCAAUGGAGCAACCAAGCGUCUUUCAUAAAGUGUCUCUGCUGGGUCUGAUGUUACUUAGUCUCUCCGCCGAUGUGACGUUGGAAACCCCGACCUACGAUCACGAAGAUCAUGUCACCGGCCGCAAACUUAGCUGCAACCGCUGUCCUCCGGGAUAUCAUAUGGUGUCCCACUGCACCACCCAACGCCAGACCGAGUGCGCCGCUUGCCCCGCUGGUCAUUUCACGCAGUACUGGAAUUACUUAUCCAAAUGCCUGUAUUGCAGUAAUUUCUGCAGUGAUAACCAAAUAGUCAAAGAAGAGUGUUCUCCUACGCAUAACAGGGUCUGCGCGUGCAAAGAGGGGUAUUACUGGCACGCGGAGUUCUGUAUCAAGCAUGCAGAAUGUCCGCCAGGGUAUGGAGUGAAACGACACGGGACAGCUGUCAGGAACACCCAGUGUGAGCAGUGUACGGCCGGCUCCUACUCUGCGGAGUCAUCCUCCCGGGACCCCUGCAGGAAACACACCAACUGCACGGCUCUGGGACAGCAUCUGGUGCUUAAAGGCACCACCGAGAGCGACAAUCUCUGCCUUUUUUGCCGGGAUGUCGAACAUGAUGCAAUAGAUUACUUACUCAGAGAGUUUCUCCCGGAUUUGCUUGGCGAUCGGAAGAGACUGAGGAGAGCAGUAUCACUGUUGCCGGAGUACUGGAGACACACGCCACCGCAGGGGGCCGUAAGCGACGGCGGCCGAUUCCCCGCUAUUAUCAGAAUAGAAAACGGGCAGCCGCUGGAGACGCCAUCUAGGACUCUGAGGAAAACUGACCGCCAGCGCCUGUACCGCAAACUGCACGCAGCUAUGGAGGCACUUUCAUUACUGCAAUAUAUGUGUUUUAAAGACGUAACUUUGGAUUGAACAUUGGGGUGGGGGGGUUUGAGGUUCCCUCCCAUUCAUCAAGACAGUAUGAUUAUUUGGGGAGGGGUUGUGUGGGGCUGGUUCUGAUUAUUGGGGGGGGGGUUACGCACCUCCAUAAUUAUGCCCAUGCAUGUGUAAAUUCCAGUUCAUACUAUCUUUGUUCAUAUCUGUAUUGUUAUAAUAGAUAACAUAUCCGUUUUUUUUUGUUAAAGGAAAAAUUAGGCAGCUACUUUACUGGUUUCUUCAUAACUAUUUAUUUUUCCUCGACUCAGAUGUGAUGAAUCCUGUCGCAUUAGUGUUAACGUUUAUAAAAUAUUAAAAUUUAUCACAGAAUAACAUCUGGUCAAACAACAUCAGAAAAAAUAACAAGGAAUGUAUAUUUUAAAAAAAUAAAUGAAGAACAUAAAAUCUGACAUGUUAAAAUAACCAUUUAUCCCAUUAGGAUGCCAUCAGAAUACAGUUAUCGUCGGCAUUUGUCUAGAUCUCACCAUGAGGUAUCUCCCAGUAUUCUGAUUACUGGUACUGGUACCAUAACGGUGCCUCACAGCUCCAGGGAUGUGGGUGUGAAUCCCGCCUCUGCUCCGCAUGUCAGCUGGUCACAUGUUCUUCCCGUGUUGUGUGACUUUCCUCUGGAAACUCUGGCUUCCUUCUGCAGUCCAAAUGGAGGCCCCAUCCAUUACAGACACUGGGCCCCACGAAAGUGUACCGCACCACACUGGGCUCCCAACCCAAACCAGUCCAAUUAUAUUCCAAGUUGUUCAGAGCCCCCCUUACGAUGCCCCUGGUCAUGUGACACUGAAUUUGACAGAAUUGCUGCCUCUGAUAUACACCAACUGUUAAAAGAUUAUUGUUUUUCUUAGUACCUGAUGCUACACGUGUGCAUUAAAUGCAUAUGAUUUAAGAUAUAAAGCAGAGAAUGUUAUAAUAAAUGCUCGUAUUUUUACAUGGAAAAUGUAACACUGGGUCAGUUAUUAAUCAAUGGAGUAUCCAUUCUAUAACAUAAAUCUCUGUUCUAAUGAUGUCUUUUGGGUGCUGCACAAGUCCAAUAAACCUCAACUUUCAAACUUUAA